AUGCAGCAACAAGCCGACAUCUGCCGCCGAGACAACGGGUUCGCCUUCGAGUACGCCCCUGAAGGGUCGAAAGCCCGCGAUGAGGCACCUGCUCCAGUCGAGAACGCAGUCGAGAACACCCCUCACGGUGAGGAAAGCCCAGUGUGGUAUUCGGAGGAGGCCACGCCCGACCACAAGCCGACAGCGCUACGAUGGCCGUUCUUUGGCGUGGUAAUUGGGUUGCUCCUUGCGACGAUGGUGUUGGUGAUCGUGGCGGAUACCCUAAUGCCGGACUUGGGCGGUGGUGCUGCGAUGAUGGCUGUUACUCACAAUGAGACACAGCUUACUCGAGCGGUGAACUAUAUCAACACUACGGUUAUCCACCGAACAGUAGAAAGCACGUCUCUGGUGAUUAUAUCUUCUCAGGAGACCUCUUCCACAAGCAUCCCCGCAAGAAGCUCCAGUUGGACCGAUGGCGCCUGGGUCGUCGCAAUCUCAACCUCCGUAUUUCGGUUUACCACCAACAUCACACUGCCCCUGUUUACCAUCACAUUCACUUCGGCGUUCACCUCUACUCGCACGAUCCCGUUUACCAGCACCACUGUCUUCCCGAUCACCGCAACGACCCUCACCACUGUCCCUAGUGCCAGCCUAAGCACAAUCUACUCCGUCCUACCCACCAACAGCACCGGUAAUGGCACCGCAAGCCAGAGCAGCACAGCCGUGUCGACCAUUACUAUCGUCACCCAGGCCGCGACGACCUCGCGAGUCACGUUCACAUCGAGCGUGGCCUCUGCUGUUGUGGGCGUAUUGACGCAAACCUCAACCGGGACGGUAACAAAUACUAGCACCAUCACAGGCAUGGUGAUACCGACCUCGGGGGAAUCCACGGUUACGUAUUACAUCAAGAUUCCUGUGACCACACACACCUCCACCCAGACCCCGAGCCCAACCGCUACCAAUCCCAGCACGGAUACCAACAACUCCACGACUACGGUCUCCUCAACACAGAGGGACGCCUACAUCUUCCUCGGCGCUUUUCUCCCGGCCCUCCUCUGCAUCCCCCCUUUCAUCCUUCUACGAAUCAUCGACCUCAAUGCGAAGCUCUACCAGCCCUUCCAGACCCUAACCGCCAACGCCCCGGCCCUGAUAGCCGGGACAUCAAGCAGUGCACCCCCUUCACAAAUGCUACUGCUGCAGUACACCGGCUUAUACAACUCCUGGCUCCUCCCGGUCGUCACCACCCUCUUCCCAUCCUUUGUGGCCCAAUCCGAAUCGUCCUCGUCAACCGUUGCUUCCUCCGCUACAUGUACACCAGACCGCCAAGCUAUCCCUUUUUUCACAACACUCGCUGUCCUCCUCGCUUCAUUCCUGACGCCCUUAACUACCGAAGCCAUCGGGCUGCGUCUCCAGCUCCUCAGUAACCCUGACGACGACGGGGUAACCCGGACUUUAACAUUGGGAGUGACGCGGCAGGCGGCAUAUGCGUUGGUAGCGGUGUUAGCCGCAUUACUGAUACUAGUCAGUGUGGUUGCGUGGGUGGUGGUAGGUGGUAGGAAGAUCGGCAAGAAGAAGAAGUGGGUGACGGGAGUGUCCGCGGAUCCGUGGUGUAUCGCGGGUAUGGCAGCGUUGUUGGCUCACGGAGGCGGAGAUGCAGUCAGGAGGGUGCUUGGAAGGGUUUCCACCGAACAGGGGAUGAAGAAGGCCGUGAUGGGUGGUGGGAAGGCGAGGUAUGCGCUGAGAUGGUCGCGUGGGGGGUAUGGGGUUGUGUUUGUUGAUGAGGCGUUUCCGAGAGAAGAUGUGGAAGAAACAACCCGAGAGGCGGCAACAUGUGGUGGCUGGAAAUACCAGACGCCAUUUAUGGUGUUGGGGUACCCGUGGAAAGCCUCUGUGAUGGUCUUUCAUUUGGUUAUCCUGGUGUUUAUCGUGUACUACCACGCCGAGGACGGUCGGCUAAGAUCGGUUCUCAACACCAACAACAACUUUGGCAUCCGCUUCAUAGCGGCGCUAGUGGGAGUCAUUCUCGCCUUUUGCUGGCAGGUUUUCUUCCUCAGCGUCAACACCAUGAUCCCCUACCAUCUCCUCGCCCAGCACACGCAACCCGCAUCCUCCUCCAUCCUCCUCACGCGCUGCACCAACCCCUUUUCUGGCUUCCUAUCCGCCCUCCGUCAUAACCAACCUUUCCCCCUCGCAGUCUCCCUCGCAACCAUCGCCUCCGAAUUCCUCCCCGUCCUCCUCCCCAAUACCCUCUUCCCCUUUCCCAUCCCUAUCUCCCCUCCUGCUACCCUCUCUCAAACCGCAACACCACCCCUCGCCCCCAUGGUAUCCGCCAUCCUCGCCGGUAUUUUCCUCACUGGCAUGCUCACCGUGCUAGCGAGCUCCUUUGCGGUGCGGUACCCACCUAUGCCGGUCGAUCCGCGGAGUGUAGCGGGGGCGAUGUGGUAUGUGGCCCGUAGCGGGAUGGUGAAUGGGGAAGGGGGAAGAGGUGGAGAGGGAGGAAUGUUUGAGGGGGUUUCGAGGAUGGGUGGGGGAGAGAGGAGAGAGCGGGUUGGGGGGAUCGGGAGGAGGUAUUUUUAUGGGGUUUUGUUGGAUGGAGAUGGGGGCGGGAGGAGGUUAGGCGUGGAUUGGGACGUUGGUGAGGAGGGCGAUGCGGUUGGUUGA